AUGACUUCUGAGAAGACUUCACCAUUGAAGCUCUUCGGGACGUGGUCGAGCUCCUACACCCACAGGGUGCAGCUCGCCCUGAAGCUGAAGGGCCUCGAGUUCGAGUAUGUGGAGGAGGACCUCUCCGCCAAGAGCCCCUCUCUCCUCCUCUACAACCCCGUCCACCAGAAGGUCCCCGUCCUCCUCCAUGGCGGCCGCCCCCUCGCCGAGUCCAUCGUCAUCCUCCAAUACAUCGACGAGACGUGGAGAGAGUCCCCUCUGAUGCCCGAGGACCCCUACGAGAGAGCCAUCGUCCGCUUCUGGUGCCACUUCUCUGACGAUAAGGUAAGCAAAAAAGCCUCUGCCUCUUCGUCUUCCUCAUCCCGGUGCAACUCCGGGGUUUAGGGUAUUAACGGGCCUGUACGACGGUGGCCGACCAGCUGGCCGGGGCGGUGGCUGCUGUCUUCCGCACGACGGCGGAGGAGCAGAAGGCCGCCGUUGCGGAAGUUCACCAGAAUCUGGCGGUGAUCGAGGGGGAGCUCCGGGAGGGGCACUUCAAGGGGAGGAGGUUCUUCGGUGGGGAGAAGCUGGGGCUGCUCGAUGUAGUCGUCGGCUGCGGGUCCUUCUGGUUGUCGAUCUUCGAAGAGGUGGCGGAGGUGAAGCUGAUCGACGAGGAGUCCUUCCCUCUCUUCCAUGGAUGGCUCAGACAGUUCGAGGCGCAGGAGGCCGUGAAGGAGACAAUCCCCCCCGCCGACCGGCUUCUGGAGUACGCCAGGGAAGUCCGCCAUUAUCUCGUCAGCUUAUCAUCCCAAGUCAAAGCCACCAGCGAUGACAGCGGCAGAGUUAACGUUGACCCUGAGGAGGACAAGGAUGGCUGA